ACUUCUGUCCUGUCCACUGGCCCUCACCCUGCUGCUUUGCCUGGAUCUGAACUUGCUUUCGCAAUAACACACAUUUUUACUCGCUGUGGAUUGGAAUAUUUCAAAUUUGUGAGCUGGUAUCAGGUAAAGGGCAGCCAUUGUAAACGGGUGGAGUGGCCCUCAGGAUGUCAGGAUCAGUGACGCAGACACAGCAGCUGUAUCAGCAGCUGGAGGCGCAGCAGCUGCACGAACAGCAGGAGAAACGGCAGCACUUUGAGAGCAGCUACUACCUGAGCAGCAGGUCAUCUGUUAGCAAGCAGUCGUUCUCCACCCACAAGACCCACAAGAGCCUCGAGACCCACAAGAGCCUCGAGACCCACAAGAGCCUCGAGACCCACAAGAGCCUCGAGACCCACAAGAGCCUCGAGACCCACAAGAGCCUCGAGACCCACAAGAGCCUCAAGACCAGCAGCCAGCGCGUGAAGACCUCUGUGAAAACAGAGAAGGGGCAGGAGGUGUUGAAACUGAGCCCACUACCCAAAAAAGCCAAACGCACCUACCUGGCAAUGGACAAGGACAAAGAAGUCAUUGGCUACGUCGUGCCUGUUUUCAGAGCCAACCACGACGUGGUCCGGGGCCUGAUGGAGGCGCAGGAGGAUGAUGUUACAGAGGAAGGGAUUAACUAUGUGGCCAUGAGGAACCUGUUCGUCAGGGAGGCCAGGGAGGCUUUGGAGGUUCGAGUGGAGAAGAAAACGAGAACAAAGCAUGUCAGGGAAUCUGCAGAGCGCCUGCAGGUGGACAGGACGAUGGAGGAGUGGUCAGAGUUUCGUAAGAAAAUGAACCCUGACAGACUGACUCACCCUCCAGAGUUUAUUGUCAAGCCUCGUGGGCAGACCAUAUGGGAGGGCAAGACGGUGAGGCUGCACUGCACCGUGGCUGGAUGGCCUAAACCAAGGAUUGCCUGGUACAAGAACAAUGUGCUCAUUGAUGCCAAGGCCCACCCCGAGAAGUACACGGCUGAAAGCUGUUACAACAUGCACUCCCUGGAGAUCAAGAACUGCGAUUUCUUGGACACUGCUCAGUAUUACGUGUCCGCCCUCAAUGUGAAAGGAGAAGCUUCUUCAGCUGCCACCGUUGUUGUCAAAAGGUUCCAAGAUGGUCCAGAACCAGGUUUAUUUGAUCCUAAGCCACAUGGUUUUUGUCCUGAGCACGGCGUCACCUUCCUUACAACCAUCAUUGAUGAAUUUGAUGUGGCUUUUGGCCGUGAAGGGGAAACUUUGAGUCUGGGCUGCACGGUCAUCAUCUAUCCCACGGUGAAAAAAUACCAGCCUGAAGUCGUGUGGUACAGAAACUCUGUCCCCUUGAAGCCCUCUAAAUGGGUGCACACCCACUGGUCUGGGGAGCGGGCCGUUCUCACUCUGACCCACCUCAACAAGGAAGACGAGGGCAUGUACACUCUGCGCAUCAACACAAAGUCUGGCUUCGACACCCACUCAGCCUACGUGUUUGUCAGAGAUGCUGAUGUGGAGGUGGAGGGGGUUCCCGUGGCCCCMCUGGAUGUGCGCUGCCAUGAUAUUAACAAGGACUAUGUGGUGGUCACCUGGAAGCAGCCAGCAGUGGAGGGCAGCAGCUCCAUCCUGGGGUACUACAUCGACAGGUGUGAGGUGGGCACUCAUCACUGGGCUCAGUGUAAUGAUGCUCCAGUGAAAUACGCCCGCUUCCCUGUGACAGGACUGGUGGAGGGGCGCUCUUACUACUUCAGGGUGCGCGCCUUGAACAACGCGGGCGUCAGCCGUCCAUCCCGCAUCUCUGAAGCUGUGGUCGCCAUGGAUCCAUCUGACAGAGCUCGACUCAAAGCUGGGCCCUCAGCGCCAUGGACUGGGAUGAUCAAGUUCACAGAGGAAGACCCCACUGUGGGUGUUGUUCCUGGAGAGCCGACGGAUGUCAUUGUAACUGAGGCGACCAAGAGCUAUGUGGUGCUGGCCUGGAAGCCCCCRGUGCAGAGGGGUCAUGAAGGCGUCAUGUAUUACAUUGAGAAGUGUAUUUCGGGGACAGACACCUGGCAGAGGGUGAACACUGGUAUGCCAGUCAAGUCUCCACGCUUCGCACUUUUUGACCUGGCCGAGGGUAAAUCCUACAGCUUCCGUGUGCGCUGCUGCAACUCUGCCGGCGUGGGCGAGGCCUCUGAAUCCACCGGAGAAAUCGUCGUCGGAGAUAAACUCGACCUGCCCUCACCUCCAGGCAAUCCGGUAGCCGCCAGGAACACCGACACCUCUGUGGUGGUCUUCUGGGCUGCUUCAAAGGACGUCAAGCAAUUGGUUGGCUACUACAUUGAAUGCAGUGUGGUGGGCACUGACGUCUGGAUGCCUUGCAACAACAAGCCUGUCAAGCAGACUAGGUUYGUCUGCCACGGCCUCUCCACAGGGCUGAACUACGUGUUCAGGGUGAAGGCAGUAAAUGCUGCUGGGUACAGCCAGAGCUCUGCCAGYUCUGAUGCUGUGAUCGUACAAGCUGCCAUCUCUGUACCUGGGGAACCCACCGGGGUGACCUUGCUGGAGGCUGUCAAGGACUACAUGGUGGUGGGUUGGACUGCGCCUGAAAACAACGGAGGAGCUGAUAUCAGGGGAUAUUUUGUGGAUUACAGGAGCGUGAAGGGACAAGUCUUUGGGAAAUGGCACGAAAUGAAUCACAAAGCUCUGACGACGACUUCCUAUAAGGCUGAGAACCUGAAGGAAAACGUCUUCUAUGAGUUCCGAGUGCGUGCAAUGAACAUGGCYGGUGUGAGUAAAGCUUCUCUUCCCUGCCGACCUCUGGAGUGCAAAGAGUGGACCAUUACUGUUCCAGGGCCUCCUGUGGGUCUUCACGUGCAGGAGGUACGCGACACCUCAGUGGUGGUUCUGUGGGAACCCCCUGCAUUCAGCGGCCGCAGUCCCGUCAACGGCUACUACUUGGACAUCAAAGAAGCCUCUGCCGGGGAAGGAGGCUGGAAGGCUGUACACGAGAAGUGCAACAAGAGCAAGUUCAUGAAGGUGACUGGGCUGAGUGCUGGAACAUCCUACGUCUUCCGCGUGCGCGCUCAGAAUCUUGUCGGAGUUGGAAAACCUUCAGCAAUCUUGGGUCCAAUCCUGGCCCAGACUCGCCCCGGCACCAAGGAGAUUUACGUGGAUGUCGAUGACGACGGUGUGAUUUCUAUGAUGUUUGAGUGCUCUGAGAUGAGUGCAGGCUCACAGUUUGUUUGGUACAAAGAUUACCUGGAGAUCACCGACCCAUCUCGCCUGACUAUUGUCAGCAAAGGGAACAAAUCCAGAGCUAUCUUCAACAGUCCUUCMCUGGAGGACCUGGGCACCUUCUCCUGCGUGGUCACCAACACAGACGGCAUUUCCUCCAGCUACACCCUCACUGAGGAGGGUCUCUUGCGUCUUUUGGACCUCAGCCACGAGCACCAGUUCCCUGUUAUUCCCUUCAAGAAUGAAAUGGCCAUGGAGCUGCUCGAGAAGGGCCGGGUUCGAUUCUGGACCCAACUGGAGAAAUUCACUUCUGCCUGCCAAGUGGAGUACGUCUUCAAUGAUGUCAUCAUCCAGGAAGGAAAGAAAUACACCAUGAAGUUUGAUAAAUCCACCGGCAUCAUCGAGAUGUUUAUGGACUCAUUAGAGGUCACCGAUGAGGGAACAUUCACCUUUAACCUUGUGGAUGGCAAGGCUAAGGGUACAACCAGUCUGGUGCUAAUUGGGGAUGAAUUCAGGGCGCUUCAAAAGAAAUCAGAGUUUGAGCGGGCUGAAUGGGUCAGGAAACAAGGUCCUCAUUUCGUGGAGUAUCUUGGCUUUAGUGUUACUCAAGAAUGUGAUGUGCUGUUGAAAUGCAAGAUUGGAAAUAUCAGACCUGAGACCGAGAUCAUUUGGUCCAAGGACUCCAACGAGAUUGCAGAGGAUGAUGAGGACGCUAAGAAAAUUGAGAAAAAGGAUUGCGAGCUGACCUUUAAUAUUGGAAAGUGGGUUAUUAAGGAAGAGAAAGAGAAAAAGAAACAAAGAGGAGGAAAAAAACCAUCUGCAAAGGACGUUUCCCUGCCGCCAAGACCUAAAAUCUCCAAGCAAGACGCAGGUUUUUACGAGGUCUUCCUGAGAGACGACAGAGGAAAAGAUAGGAGCACCUUCAAUCUGACAGACGCAGGAUACCAAGCUGUGAUGAAUGAGCUGUUUAGAGUUAUCGCCAACUCCUCCAGUGAAAUCCAGGUUAGGAGUACUGAAAGUGGCAUCGUCCUCUACUCCACGGUCACAUAUUAUGACGAGAACCUGCGCAUUGGUUGGCUUCACAAAGAUGCCAAAAUGGCUGCUUCAGAGAGAGUUAAGUCUGGUUCCACAGGGGAGCAACUCUGGCUUAAGAUCAAUGAACCCACUGAGAAGGACAAGGGCAAAUACACCAUGGAUAUCKUUGAUGGCAAGGAGAGUGUGAAGAGGGUCUUGGAACUGACUGGCAAAGUUUGGGAGGAGGCAUUUGAAGAAUUCCAGAGACUCAAAGCGGCAGCAAUCGCAGAGAGAAACCGUGCUCGUGUUGUUGGAGGCUUGCCAGAUGUGGUAGCAAUCCAGGAGGGCAAGUCCCUGAACCUGACCGGCAACGUGUGGGGCGAGCCUGUGCCCGAGGUGAGCUGGACGAAGAACGAGAAGGUGCUGACAUCCGACGAGCGCUACAAGCUCAAGUUCGAGCAAGGCAAGUUCGCCAGCAUCACCAUCGCCGCCGUCACCACGGCCGACUCUGGCAAAUACGCGCUGGUGGUGAAGAACAAGUUCGGCACGGAGGCUGGCGAGUUCACUGUCAGCGUGUACAACCCUGAGGAAGAGGAGGGCAAAGAGGAGAAGAAAGACUAAAAGAUGACAGCAGUCGAUUUAAUAAAAAAGGGGGAAUUUUACCCUGCAAUAAAGAAGUUAAAUAAACCUUAAAUACAGCAGCAUUCUCCUGCUUCUUUCAUGUGCUGUGCUUAGCUUUAAAUUGUUAGUACCAAAAGCAUAAUUAGAUGUUGAAAGAAUAACUUGUGCUUCUUGUUUCUUGGCAUUUGUUCAGUCUCUUGUGGUCUCACCAGUUCAUCCGUACGAGUUGAAUAUUAAUCUUUGCUUUGAAAACAGCUGGAAGGCGAACAAUUGCUGUCUCCCUAUCAUAAUAAAGUAUAACAUUUGGCUAACCUUUGGACUCGGGAUUCCUACCAUGGAAGAAUAAGUAAUAGCAUUAAAUGCAUUCUGAAUAUUUGAGAAACUUAGCAUGUCAAGUAUUUAACAGGUUCAACAUUUUAUUAUUUAUAAAAAAAAUGGCAAGAUUGCAAACAACCUGCUGUGUGUAAGCUGUGUGUCGUGCCAGUGUUUUGUAGAUGAAGUAAUAAACAGCAGUGGUGUAAAA